AUGGAUUCUAUUGAUGACCUCACUUGCAAAUUAGGAUCUGUGACUUCUGAUUAAUAAACUAAUGACACAUUGAGUCCUAUUAGUCUUAGAAAAAGUGAUAUAUUGAGUGAUUUAAAAAAAACCAUAGAGCAAAAUACUAAAUCUCUCUUUGCCUUGAAGGACUAAAUUUAUCAUUUCUAUGAAACAAUGAGAAACAUGACAAUCAAGGAAAAUUUUAGCUAUUAAAUAGCUUCACUAAUAUUUUUGAGUGAGUACUAGGACAACUCUUCUUAAAAGAUAGAGAACGUUAAAUAAAUACUAUAAGAGUGCACUAAUUUAAAUCUAAAAACUUACUUUAUAAUACUAAAAAAUGACGACCGCAAACCAAAUAACAAAGAGCUUAGACAGCUAGUUAACUAAUUUCCGUGUAGUUUAAGCAUAAUAGAUACUUAAAGUCAAGAUUUAAACUAAGAAUUAUAAACGAUUUCAAAAGAACUAAGAAUAGGAUCCUUUGAUACUAGAUUGUUUGUUCAUAUUUCUACAAACAAAUCUAUGAAAAUCUACUUUAAUGAUCUCAUAAAUUCUUUGUAAAUAUUUGAGAAGGGACUGGGUUAGAAUGAUAAAAUAUAUUGGUCUUCUUGUUAAACAAAUGAAAAGUUUACUACAAUUGAAAUAUAAGAUGAACCAUAGGAUGAGAAGAGAGUCGAAAGAAGAAACAAGCGAAAAUUCAUUCUAUAUGGAUUCAUCUUAUUAGUAGUUCUCACAAUAAUUUGCUAUUUAUUAUAUGUUGUGAUUAUAACAUUUAAGUAAUGA